GGUACAAGUUUGUGUGACGCCACUAUCACUGGCACGGUUUGUAAACAAGCGACUAUCGAAAGUAAAUGAGUAAGUAAUAGUAGUUGUCGUAUAUUCAUAAUGUUUGCUUGUUGAAUUGGUAACUGAUGGUGUUGCUGUUCAUACGUUAUACAAGUGAAUCAAUAAUAAGUUACCAGAAUUAAUCAGUUCAAAAUUGAUCACGCGCUCGAAGGCACGCGACUUUUAUUCUUUUUAUUUUUUAAGAUUUUUUGGAGCCGCAUACUCUUUUGGGGUUCCUGAAGGACAAAAAUUUUGACAGCUUCUAUUCAGGGUGAAGUAAGGAGAGAUACCAAGAUUCAGAGAUAUAAACAUAGAUCCAAGUAUGUCUGACGAAACUGAAAGAGCAUUGAAAUAUGCCCAAGGGUUUGUUGAUUUUGUCAAUGCUUCCCCAACUCCUUAUCACGCUGUUAAAUCUGUUAAAUCAAGAUUAGUUGAAGCUGGAUUUACUGAAAUUUCAGAACGUUCAAAUUGGUCUAAUAUCAGUAUUAAGAAAGGGGGUAAAUACUUCGUCACUAGAAAUGCCUCAUCCUUAAUUGGUUUCACUGUUGGUGAAAGUUUCAAAAACGGUAAUGGGGUGGCUAUCGUGGGUGCUCACACUGAUUCACCAUGUUUAAGAAUCAAACCAAUUUCCAAUAAAACAUCAGAAGGUUUUAUUCAAGUUGGUGUUGAACAAUAUGGUGGUUUGAUUGCUCAUUCUUGGUUUGAUAGAGAUUUAUCUAUUGCUGGUAGAGUUUAUGUUACUGAAAAUGGACAAUACGUUCCUAAAUUGAUUAAAAUUGAUAAACCAUUAUUAAGAAUUCCAACUUUAGCUAUUCAUUUAGAUAGAGAAGUGAAUACUAAAUUUGAAUUCAAUAAAGAAACCAAAUUAGUUCCUAUUGCAGGUCAAACAUCCAUUGAUAAGAAUGAAUUGGAAGCUGCCGCUGAAAAGAAAAAGGAAGGCCAUUCAUGUGCUGAUGAUCCUGAAUUACAAUUAACCCCAGAACAAUUUGUAUCAGUUCAAACCGUGAUUCAAAGACAUAAUAAGUCUUUAAUUGAAUUAAUCGCCAAGGAAAUCAAUGUUGAAGUUGAACAAAUUGAAGAUUUUGAAUUGGUUUUAUUCGAUCAUCAAAAAUCAACCAUUGGUGGUUUAAAUGAUGAAUUCAUAUUUUCUCCUCGUUUAGAUAACUUAACUUCUUGUUAUACUGCUACAGUGGGUUUAAUUGAAUCAUUGGAAUUAGUUCAUAAACAAAAGGGUAUUCAAUUAAUUUCCUUAUUUGAUCAUGAAGAAAUAGGUUCUAAAUCUGCUCAAGGAGCUGAUUCAACAUUUUUACCAGAUAUUCUUAAAAGAUUAACUGCCAUUGAUUUCGAUGGUAAUGGUUCAGGUGAUUAUUUCCAUGAAACAAUGGCCAAAUCAUUCUUAUUAUCCUCUGAUAUGGCUCAUGGUGUUCAUCCAAAUUAUGAAGAUAAAUAUGAAAAGAAAAACAGACCUCAAUUAAAUGCUGGUCCAGUUAUAAAAGUCAAUGCCAAUCAAAGAUAUGCUACUAAUUCUCCAGGUAUAGUAUUAUUAAAGAAAGUUGCCGAACAAGUCAAAGUCCCAUUACAAUUAUUUGUGGUUAGAAAUGAUUCACCAUGUGGUUCAACCAUUGGGCCAAUAUUAGCUGCCAAAUUAGGUAUAAGAACUCUUGAUUUAGGUAAUCCUCAAUUAUCCAUGCAUUCAAUUAGAGAAACUGGUGGUACAUUUGAUGUGGUUAAAUUAACAGAUUUAUUUAAGGGAUUCUUUGAACAUUAUGUAGAUAUUGAUGAAAAAAUCUUAUGUGAUCAUCUUUAAAUAAAGUACAUAUAAAGAU